AUGGUGACAAACGACGGUGACGACAGGUUCCGUGCAACGUCGGCAGUGACGUUCCAAGAGCUGUUGGUAGUAGGCAGUACGCGUGUGAAGACAACGACGGAGAGGCCGAUGGACGCUGCUGUCGCGAGAGAGUUGGCGGAGACAUGCACGGACGAACUACUGGAUCCACACAGCGGCGUGAGCGGCGAGUGCUUGUAUCGCGGGGCAACCAGCAGUGGCGUGAUGAUGAUGAAGGCGGCCAUUGACGCGGAGAUAACAACCCGUGAUGAUUGUAGGGCGAAGCGGUACGUGCAGACUGUGCCCGACGGUCGAGAAGGAGAACGACGAGAACGACUACAUGCAGCUGAGGAAGGCGGCGUGCUAACGUCUGAGGAAGACGGUGUGUUGACGUCUGAGGAAGGCGGCGCACUGACGUCUGAAUAUGGAGGCGUGCCAGUGACUGAGGAAGGCGGCAUGAAGACGAUGGAGAAGAAUAACAGGGCACUUGAAACAGUAGUCAACACGAUGUUGACAAUAGCACCGGUUGUGAAAACGGCAACGGAAUUCAUGCCACUGACCACGACGGUCCCAGUGAUGGCCACGCCUUCAUCAACCACGCGGAUGACGGUGACGGCACCAAGUGAAGACGCAAAGGAGACUACGAUGACUACGGGGUGUACCAUGAAGCUGGGCAACCAUCCAGUGCCAGAUCGUGCUCACGUGGCUGCAGUACGGCUAGCCAGGAAGCAGGCGAAACGUGACGCCGAGCGGCAUCGCGUGGAAUGUGCAGUAAGACGCGCGACGGUUAUGCCGGUGAACGACGAUGAAGUGGUUUGUGCGGUGGUCGAGCUUGAAUACGGACAGCGAGUCUGGCGACAACGACAAACUGAUGAAGCGUUGAUUGAACUGGAAGAACGGAAACAACGACGAUGGACGGAGACGCAAAAUCAGGACCAACGAAACUCGCAAAGUGCACGAGUUAGUUUGGUACAACGACUUGGAAUAGCCGCAGUGAACGUGGCCAGGGGCUCCGGUGUGGAAGCUGACGAAGGUUUACCGACGGCAGUCAUGGAAUUGGACGGCGAGAAGUACGAUAUCAAGUGGGAUAGUUGUGCCAGAUAUUCCGUAGCGGGGACAGACUGGAUGGAACGUGGAGAACGAGUGCGGGGACCAGCCCCAGUGGACUACGUAGAAGGAGUGGGGUGCUUCCUUCUCGAUGAAGUCGGAGUUUGGGCAUUCGAGAUGCGCAACGUGUACGGGCAGGUGGUGCGAAUCACGGCAUGCAUUAUCGAGGGCUGUACAAGUGAGUUCUUAGUGGGGGUUGACUUUAAGAAGGAACACAAAGCAAACAUGGAUUUUGACAAGAACGAAAUUUUCUAUCAUGAGAAGGAGCUGUUAGUUGUUGUUCCGUUCCGAACGGAGGAUAACAAGAACGGAGAGACGAAGAUUGCUGUGGUCAGACUGGCUCGGUGUGCCAAGCUGACACGAAAUGCGGUAACACCAGUGACGAUCAUGGUUGCUGCUCCUGAUGGAGAGACAGGCCGUCAUGCUAGCGACCACCGUGACGAAGGUCGUUGGCGGCAAAGCACUCAUCCCGGCAAAAAGGAGUUGGGAGUGUGGGUGCCGCUUACGAAGGACAUGCAGAUGUUGGAAUUGAAUGGAGAACUGGAGCCCGACAGAGUCUAUAAGUGGCUCGAGACCCUCGGAGAUACUAAGACGCCCCUGGACAAUGAACAUGAAGUGCGAAUUGGAGAAGACGAGGCUAUGACACGUGCAUUAGUGCUCAAACUACUCAGGGCCUAUACAAUAGUGUCUACCAACACCGGAGAUUGUCCACCGGUGACUUCGCUAGACAUACAACACCACAUUAAUACCGGCGAUACCGCACCGAUAAUGUUGAAAAGGAGACGUCAGGCUCAAACCGAGGACGCUGUUAUUGAAGAUAACGUCGCUUAA